AUGUGGAUUGAUGUGAACGUGGACGUGGACAUGGACGUGGAUGUGGACAUGGACGUGGACGUGGACGUGGACGUGGAGGACUUGGACGUGGACAUGGACGUGGACAUGGACGUGGACUUGGACGUGGACAUGGACUUGGACAUGGACGUGGACAUGGACGUGGACAUGGACUUGGACAUGGACGUGGACAUGGACGUGGACGUGGACGUGGACGUGGACAUGGACGUGGACGUGGACAUGGACGUGGACAUGGACGUGGACGUGGACAUGGACGUGGACAUGGACGUGGACAAGGACGUGGACGUGGACGUGGACGUGGACAUGGACGUGGACAUGGACUUGGACGUUGACGUGGACGUAGACGUGGACAUGGACGUGGACGUGGACGUGGACGUGGACGUGGACAUGGACAUGGACGUGGACGUGGACGUGGUCGUGGACAUGGACAUGGACGUGGACGUGGACAUGGACGUGGACGUGGACAUGGACGUGGACAUGGAUGUGGACAUGAACGUGGACAUGGACGUGGACGUGGACGUGGACGUGGACAUGGACGUGGACAUGGACGUGGACGUGGACGUGGACGUGGACGUCGACAUGGACAUGGACGUGGACGUGGACGUGGACGUGGACGUGGACAUGGACGUGGAGGACUUGGACGUGGACUUGGACGUGGACGUGGACGUGGACGUGGACAUGGACGUGGACAUGGACGUGGACGUGGACGUGGACGUGGACAUGGACAUGGACGUGGACGUGGACAUGGACGUGGACGUGGACAUGGACGUGGACGUGGAUGUGGACGUGGUCGUGGACAUGGACGUGGACGUGGGCGUGGACGUGGACAUGGACGUGGAUAUGGACGUGGACGUGGACCUGGACGUGGUCGUGGACGUGGUCGUGGACGUGGACGUGGUCGUGGACGUGGACGUGGACGUGGUCGUGGACGUGGACGUGGACGUGGACGUGGACGUGGUCGUGGACGUGGUCAUGGACGUGGAGGACUUGGACGUGGAGGACUUGGACGUGGACGUGGACGUGGACGUGGACGUGGACGUGGUCAUGGACUUGGUCGUGGACGUGGAGGACUUGGACGUGGAGGACUUGGACGUGGACGUGGACAUGGACGUGGACGUGGACGUGGACGUGGUCGUGGACGUGGUCGUGGACGUGGACGUGGUCGUGGACGUGGUCGUGGACGUGGACGUGGUCGUGGACGUGGUCGUGGACGUGGACGUGGACGUGGUCGUGGACGUGGAGGACUUGGACGUGGAGGACUUGGACGUGGACUGA